GCCGGGCGGGGUGGCGUGGCCGGGACUGAGCUCCCCUCCGGCACCAUGAGUGAGACGGUGCUGUGCUCGGCCCGGGCCACGGUGAUGAUCUAUGAUGAUACCAACAAGAAAUGGGUGACGGCUGGGUCGGGGUCCAGCACCUACAGCCACGUGCAGCUCCUGCACCGCCCUGCGGCUGGUGCCUUCCGUGUUGUGGCCCGCAAGAUGCAGCCUGACCAGCAGGCUCCACACAGGCCUGGCCGGCCCCGAACGGCCCCAGCCCGGAGGAGAUGGAGCCACAGAGAAGGAGCUCCACAACCCCCUUCAGGAGGACCCCUGCCUCCGCCUGGCCCUCCACCCCCGCCAGGGCCACCCCCCCCACCUGGUCCCCCCCCUGCUACUGGGGGGGGGCCACCACCUGCACCCCCCCUGCCUGCAACCCAGGGCCCUGGUGCAGGGGGUGGGAGUGGGGGCACUGGUCUUGCAGCUGCCCUUGCAGGGGCCAAACUCAGGAAAGCUGGCAAGCCCCAGGAGGACAGUGCUAGCCCAGGCGGGGGUGGGGGCAGCAGUAGUGGCAGCCCCGGCUCAGCCCCCCGGAGCACAGGUAGGAGUGGUGGGGGGCUCAUGGAGGAGAUGAACGCCAUGCUGGCCCGGCGGCGGAAGGCGACGCUGCAGGGCGACAAGCCCCUUCCAAAGAGAGAUGAGGAUGUUUCAAGCCAAGAUGACUCUGAGGCCUCAGGGACUAGGACCCCCAGCCAGCAGCCUGACCUGGUCCGGCGGCCGUGGGAGAAGAACAGCACCACGCUGCCCAGGUGGGGGUCCAGGGGAGCUGGGGCAGGGUGGUGAGGGGGCUGGAGCCUCUGGCCCCUGGGGCAUGGGUUCCCUGAGAGCAGACAGCCACUUGUGCUGUCUCCUCCCUUCAGAUCCCCAGUGGCUUCACUGGGACCUAGUGCUGGAGCUGCCUCGGUGUGAAGGCUGGGGAGGAUUUGGGGGCAGUGGUGUGGCUGAGGGGAUGGUCCCUGCUGCAUGGGGA